UUCAUUUUUGGGUGAACUAACCCUUUAAGUCUUUUCCUCAAAAAUAAAAUGAAAUGAAAUAAAAUCAAUAAUAAGUUAAAUCUGAUAGUUUGUGGAGUUCAGGUCAGUGUUAUUUUAGUAUUAUUGAGAUUAUAGUUUUUAUUGAUAUUUUGAGUUUUUAUUUUUAUAGUUUCCAUUUUCAUGUUAGUUUUAGUUAAAUGUUUAGUAAUUUUGUUGUUUUUGUCAUUUUUAUUAGUUUUUUAAUGUUUAAAAAAUAAUCUAGUUUUUAUUUAUUUUUAUUUUCAUUUUAGUUUCAGUACAUCAAGUUAAAGUUGGCGAAAAAUGGAAGUCUUAGUCUUUUCUCCCCUAUUGUGACAUAUAUCCGAGUGAAUGACCUCUUGAACAGGAAAAAAUGGUAGGCCGGGACCUGAUUUUGUCCAUGGUAAAUUGAUUGGAUGGUUGUGGUUUGCUAAUGGUGCAUCUCAUGUGAGUGACAGGUUGAUCCCGCCCUCGCUCCAGUAAACAAGUCAUCAGACAAGAGAAGAGAUGUGCUGCAAGAGGGAGGGGAAGUUAUUUUGAUUGAAGAUUAUGAAGGCACAUGAAUUACAAAAAUAAUGAUGCGCACAGAUAAAUAAUUUAUAAUAAAUAUUGAAAUAUUCCAUAAAAAAUAAGAAUUGUCAAUUUUGUCAAUUAUCUAUAAUAAAUAUUUUCCCAUUUUUCAGUUAACGUUUAUUUUAUUUCAAGUAAUGAAUUUUUUUUUUUAUGGUUUUAGUUUUAGUAUAAUAACCCUGGUUCAGGUAAUACACGGUGUACACUUACACUGCCCACACAGACUGAUGGAUCUGAGGAGAAACACAGGGCAUGUGAACAUCAUCUUUCAAGAGCGCACAGUCGUUUGACCCCUGUGUUGAUGCCGUAUGGGAUGCCUGAUUGAUUGGCAGUUGGCUGGGAGGCCUGACUGUUUGUUUUUCUCGUCUAGUUUGUGACUCAUCCCAUCUGCCAGCAAGUGCUCUCCUCCAUUUGGUGCGGGAGCCUGUCCGGUUGGAGGGGAAGUCGAACUGCUUGGAAACUGCUGGUGUCUUUGGGGAUUUUCAUUACCAUGCCGGCUCUGUGCCUUGUCUACUGGAUCGCCCCCAAGUCCAAGCUGGGUAAACUGCUGAAGGUUCCCGUCAUUAAGUUCCUGUUACACUCUGCGUCAUACAUGUGGUUCCUCAUCACCCUUUUGGCGGAGUCGAUUUUCAUGGAGAUCUACCGUAGCGAUUUCGCCUCCCGAAAGCAAAACAUUCUCCACAACUCUCUUCACAUGAUAUGGGUUGCAGGUUUCUUCUGGUUUGAGUGUAAGGAAGUUUGGCUUGAGGGUUUGAAGAGUUACUUCUUGGAUUUAUGGAACAUUCUGGAUAUGAUGGUGCUGAGCAUGUAUCUGGCGUCCUUCACACUGCGCAUUCUUAUCAUGCUAAAGGGAUAUUUUCUCUGUCAGGACACCAGCACACAAGAGCUAUGUGACUAUUUCACCAACACAGUACGAGAGGACUGGAAACAAGAGGAUCCUCAGCUGAUUGCAGAGACUCUCUUUGCCGUGACCAGCAUGCUGAGUUUCACACGUCUUGCCUACAUUCUGCCGGCCCAUGAAUCCCUGGGAACCCUGCAGAUAUCCAUGGGUAGAAUGAUCGAUGACAUGAUGAGGUUCAUGUUCAUCCUCAUGAUUAUUGGAACAGCAUUUUUGUGUGGAAUAAACAACAUAUACGUCCCAUAUGUUGUUUCCCCACAUCUUGGCAGAUUUAAUGAGACAUUUAACUUCCUCUUCUGGACCAUGUUUGGAAUGGCAAACCAAGAAUAUGUAGACAUGCCUGAUUAUGCUCUGGCUGAGUUUGUAGGAAGGAUCUUCUAUGGGAUAUUCACACUGCUCAUCGUCAUAGUGCUCCUGAACAUGCUUAUUGCCAUGAUCUCCAAUUCAUUUCAGAGGAUUGAGGAUGAUGCAGAUGUCGAGUGGAAGUUUGCUCGCUCUAAACUCUACCUCAGUUACUUCAGGGAGGGUCUCACUAUGCCAGUUCCCUUUAAUAUCAUCCCAUCUCCAAAGGCUCUCUUUUAUGUCUUAAGAAGCAUCUUCCAAAAGAUUUGCUGUUGCUGUAACAAGAAAGCCCCAGAAUAUCCUCCCAUCACAUCUGUGUCUAGCAAUACCCUGAAUAGCAGCGGAGGUCAAGGUGAGGGCAGAGUGCCAUACCGCCUGCAGGUGACCAAGGCUCUAGUGCACCGUUACAUCGAAGCCGCACGCAGAGAGUUUGAAGAGAGCAAGCGUAAAGAUGUCGGGAACAGAAUUACCGAGCUGAAUAAAGUUGUCGGCCGGCUGCACACCGAGAUGAAGGACUUCCACCAGAAGCUGCAGUGGCGGCGCAAAAGCGAGCCAGACCAGGCCAACAUUCUGGGCAAAUACAUCAUGGGGGCAAGAAACAAUUUCCGUGACUUUGAUAAGAAUGAGGCCAUGGGGUGUGAAAACACAGGUCUGCACAUCAGUAAGCAGCACACAGAAGAGGACGAUGAGAAGAAGGAAGAAGAGAUCAAAGCAGGAGAGAUGGUCCCAGAGGAGAGGGAGGAGCCCGAGUCUGAGGACCCCGUGGAACCUGUCCCAGGAGAAGAAACUACUUUUGAGACUGUUAGCACUCCUGAUGUAUGAGAAACAAACACUGCAGUGUCACACAGCCAUUCCCUGACUAAAUAUCUAGUAAGAAGUUUCUAGAUACAUUCAUAUUACUGAUAAAAUUUGACAUACUAUAGUCAAGUUUAAUAUGUAAUUUGUAUCAUAAUUGAUAUUUAAAUUGCAAUGCCUAGACAGAUAAAUCCAUUUAAUGAGGUUUAGAUGAUGUCAAAAAUAUAUGAUAGAUGAAUACAUUUGCUGAGUGCUCUGUUUACUUAUGGACAUUGUGAAAUAUCAUAAGAACUUUAAUAGCCUUAAAUGAAAACAACCCCAGAAAUAAUUAGUACAACUUAUUUUCACAAAAUAAAGCACCAAAAUGAACAAAACAUAUACUAUUUUCACUUUGAUAGAUGAUCACACGUUUUUAUGAAUUUUUUUUGUCAUUCAUAAGAUUAUGAAUGACAAAAAAAAGCACUUUCCUCGAAUAGGAUACAAAUUAUGAUUUUUGAAAGAAGUUUCUUAUUGUCACCAAGGCUGCAUUUAUUUGA